AUGCCAAACGCAGACGCAUCGAGCGACGGCACUGACGCUGUCUUCCAUGCUUCCUCUGGCGGCGGCGUGUUCCCGUCCCGGCCAACACAUUACGAAAACCCUCUGCAGCGCAAGCUCACUAACGAUCCGAAGAAUGUGGAUGUUGAACUAGCAUCAGUCACCGAGGAAGGAGACUAUGAUGAGAGAGACUUUCACAAGAAACAGGUGUUCAGCGGAUUGACACUAGCUUGGCUGUCAUACCAAUCCCUUGGAGUUAUCUAUGGAGACAUAGGGACCAGCCCGCUGUAUGUCUACUCAUCCACAUUCAGCAGUGAACCGAGUCGUGAAGAUGUUCUCGGUGCGGUCUCCUUAAUUAUCUGGUCCCUCACCAUUAUGGUCACUGUCAAAUAUGUUUGCAUUGUCCUGAAUGCAGACGACGAGGGCGAGGGUGGUACAUUUGCCUUGUACUCGCUGAUCUCCCGCUAUGCCAAUCUAGUUCGCCGCGAUCCUCGUCACCACAAUAUGCUUCGCAUGCAAAGAUAUGCUACAGAUGAUUUACAAAAGCCGAACUUGGUGACUCGGAAUGUUAUAGAGCGGAGCACGUUCAUGAAGUGGACGUUCAAGGUGGUCGGGGUCUUUGGUGUUUCACUGCUGCUGGCAGACGGUGUUCUGACACCGGCUCAGUCAAUCCUCGGGGCCAUUCAAGGUAUUACCGUCGUCAAUCCCGAGCUCUCUUCCUCAACUGUGGUUGGUGUGUCUUGUGCCAUUCUCGUCGUCGUGUUCUUGAUCCAGCCUUUUGGUACGAGUAAGAUAGCAAACACUUUCGCACCGAUAGUGAUUGUUUGGCUGUUAUUCAACCUGAGUUUUGGGAUAUACAAUCUUGUCAUGUACGAUGCAUUUGUCUUGAAAGGCUUCUCGCCAUACUUUGCCGGAGCUUUCUUGGUGCGGAAUGGGCGUGCUGGCUGGCUGCAGCUUGGUGGCAUCCUGCUUGCCUUUACGGGGGUUGAAACCUUGUUCGCAGAUCUCGGUGCUUUUAGCAAAAGAGCUGUGCAGAUCUCUUGGCUCUGUUUUGCGUACCCAUGCCUCUUGAUUUCGUAUAUCGGACAAGGCGCCCAUAUCAGCCGUGUCCCCAGUGCAUAUGCCAAUCCGUUCUAUCUCACUGUUCCACCAGGCAUGCUGUACCCAAGUCUUGUGAUCGCGGUCCUUGCCUGCAUUGUCGCAAGCCAGGCUGUCAUCACCGGUUCAUUCCAGCUUCUCUCGCAAAUCAUGAAGCUUUCUUACUUCCCGCAAGUCAAAAUCUACCACGUCUCAAAGAUAUUCCAUGGUCAGGUCUACAUUCCCAUCGCCAAUUGGCUCAUGAUGAUUGGCACGAUCAUCGUGACUGCUGUCUAUAACAACACAACCGCCCUGGGAGAAGCGUACGGUGCUUGCGUCAUCCUCGUGUCCUUCCUCACCACUUGCAUGGUGACUGUAGUUGCUCUCAUUGUAUGGAGACUGCCCAUCUACCUCGUUCUGCCGAUCUUCAUCAUCUUCGCCCUGUGGGAUGGCAUGUUCCUCUCCGCCGCGCUGAGCAAAGUUCCGCACGGUGCUUGGUUCACCCUCAUGCUUGGAGUUGUCUUGACCCUCAUAUUCGUGCUGUGGCGGUACGGCAAAGAAGAACAAUGGACCGCCGAGGAAUCUGACAAUGUGCCCCUGUCCCGGACAACGCUCCUGCGCGACAACCAGCUCGUUCUCCACCCUGACCUAGGUGGCUCGACCAUCACCCCCAUAAGCGGGCUCGGUAUCUUCUUCGAUAAAUCUGGCAAUUCGGCCACCACCCCAGCGGUCUUCCUCCAUUUCAUCCAGAAAUUUGGCGCCGCUCCGGAGGUGUCCGUGUUCUUCCACCUACGGCCCUUAUCCGUUCCAACCGUUGCGCCUAGCGAGAGGUACACAGUCAUACGCUGCCAGACAUACGGUAAUGGGCCAGGGAAGCAACCCAUCCCGAACUGCUUCAGGCUUAUUGUUCGCCACGGCUACACGGAUGAAGUCGUCACCCCAGACCUGGGAAUCCUAGUUCUGGAUCAGAUCCGGGGAUUUCUGGCUCGAGAAAGCCCGUCCGCCGAUUCGGCAGACGCACGCAAGGAGACCGAUGCCCUUCAUCGUGCGUGGAAGUCGCAGGUUAUCUAUAUAGUGGGCAAGGAGCAGCUUCGUAUUGCAAGGGAGACCAAUUUCUUUCGUCGGAUGGUACUAAUGGCAUUCCUGUGGAUGCGAGACGCGAGCAGGACCAAGAUCCAGCAUCUAAAUGUACAGGCUGAUCGGGUGGUGGAGGUUGGGUUUGUCAAGGAGAUGUGA